AUGCCUAUUAUCCAUCACAUCAAAGAUACGCCUAGAGGCUUCAUUGCAGGAGCAUUCAUCUUGUUCGUGACGGCUCGACUUGUAUGGCUCGUUACGGCAAGAGCAAGGCGCGCAGAUCGCCCUUCGAAGUUUGCUGUGUUCCAGGGCGAGACUGACGUGAUUCAGACGAUGGAGGAAGCAAACGAGAAGCUCCCAGAAACUCCUUUCGUACUGUCCAUGCAUGGCAUGCAAGUAUUUGUAUUACCGCGCUCCGAGAUCGAGACGGUAAAAUCGCUGCCGGAAUGCGAGGUCUCGAUAAAGAAGCACCAUUUCAACGUUUUCCUCGGCGAAUACACCUUUAUGGGCACCAAGGCAGACGAAUUCGACGACACGAUGCGAUAUACACUGACAAGGAGUACACCCACGGCUUUGGAUGCGUUCACAGAUGAGAUUGGAUACGCCAUGGACCAGUGCAUAGGGCAGUGCGACGAUGUAUGGACCGGGAUCAGAAUACGGGCGGCGAUGGCGCGGAUUGCGUCGCUGCUGUCGGGACGUGUGUUUGUCGGCCUUCCGUUGAGUCGUGACCCCGAGUGGGUGGAAGCAACGACACAAUACACGCAAAAUGUUACAACAGCAUGGAUGAUACUCCGUUUGAUCCCCCGGUUCAUUCGUCCACUCGUUGCCACCUUUCUGCCCCAGGUUCGAACCUUGAAGCGAUUCAGAAGAGCUACGGUAGAAAAGCUCAGCCCGAUACUCGCUGCAAAGAGGCAAGGAAUCCACAGCAAGACAACUUCGGACCCUGCUGGAGGCUCCAUGCUGGAAUGGCUUACAGCGCAUUACAAGGUCCAGCCCACUGCCGAGCAGCUUGCUCGAGACGAGCUGCUGGUGACUUUUGCUUCCAUCUACAAUCUGACAAAUGCCAUCUCCUCCAUGGUUUUCGAUCUGGCCAAGUACCCAGAACACAUUCCGGAACUACGUCAAGAGCUGGCAGAGGUGCUGGGACCAAGUGGAAUCAUUGAUAAGCACGCCUUGUCUAGGCUUCGGAAAUGUGAUAGCUUCAUUCGAGAGUCUCAGCGACUGAGCCCUCCUUCACUCGCAAACAUCCCUCGCAUCGUUACAAAUCCCCACGGGUUUGUUACAUCGACAGGCCAUCGAAUCCCCGCUGGGUCAACCGUGAUGAUUCGAGCUCAUCCGAUCAAUCGAGAUAGGAAGCUAUGGGGCGACAACGCCGACCAGUUCGAUGGGUUUCGAUUUUCAAAGCUUCGCGACAUGCCCGGAAAUGCCCUCAAGUACCAACACACCAGCACUGGGACGGACAACAUCAACUUUGGCCACGGGAUCUGGGCUUGCCCGGGAAGAUUCUUUGCGUCAGCGCAGCUCAAGGUGAUUUUGGCUGAGCUGCUGAGACGCUACGACAUUAUGCGCUCCCCACAGACCCCCAACCCAGGACAGUUACACUACGGACUGGCCGUCGUGCCUGACCCAGAGGCCGAGGUACUUUUCAGGAAGAGGAUGCUGUAG